CUCUCUCUCACCUCACUCCCUCACUCACUCACUCACACUCAUCUUUUUCUGAGUCUACAGGCAAACCCUCCUCCACACGUGUUUUAGCCUAUCCUUCGUUCAGUAACGUUCAUCUGUCUUCGUCCAACCACUUGACUACUUCCAGCCAACGUUGCUUUUCCUCCAGCUUUCGCAGACGGCUGGUAAAAAGCGGCGAGGUUGCACUCUUCACUCUUCUGGGAUUUCUGAGGCCCUGAGGUGAGAGCAGAGAGCUGACAUUACGCAACCAGGGAGGGCUGCUUACUACCGGACCGAUUAUCUUCUCUUUACUUUGGACUGGUCGAGAUGCACUUCUAAGUUCCAAGGCCACAAGCUCUUGCUUUUGUAACAGAAACUUGUGCUUUUCUCUAUCCUGCCAUCUGUGUGCGCUUUUGUUGACUGAGGAAGAGCCGCUGUCGAAUGCUUUGUGAUAUGAGGGUUUGUGUGGAGGGGCAGGCAGAUAAUGGGCUUCUUAGUGUCACCAUGACCACAGAGAAGGUUGCCACAGUGCUUGGAGUCAAAACAGCAUCUUACACAUCUGCAAAAUACAGAAACCAGCUGCUGUCUUUAGGUUGCGAGUUGCCUGAAAGAAGCAGCUCUGAGCCACAGCUCCCCUGUGUACGUUCAUGCCGUCUGUCUCCAUCUAAGGACCACCAGGACUCUAAACUUUCUGAGGAGAUACAAACGGGCUGUGGUGCAGGGAGUCCUUUUCACACCAGAUCCAAGAGUUUGGACAGCCUGGGAUAUGUAUAUAGGGAUAUGUACUGCUGCGCGACUGAAGAACUGUCUUGUAGGCAGUCAAAUAGGACAUGCAGGGCAGUGGAAAAGAAUGGAAGCUGCCAGGGGGCCAGCCCUCUAGCUGUUCUUCAGCAGUGCCAGGACAGAGGGGAGAGAACAGAGGGGUUUUCUUUUGAAGUGACUCACCUCAAUGGAGGGCCGCCAGGCUUGAGUGGGUCACGCAGCGCUUCAUGCCAGCUGGAAGCUGAUGUGGUCGAGCAAAGGGAGGAAGACAGGCUUGCCUCUGGGUGCAGCACUAGGAGAGGCAGCCUGCCCACACCUUCUCCAGUGCAGUUCCAUUGUACGUGGGACUACAACGGCAAGUCAAAAGCUACGAUGCAGGACGUGACGCCCUGCCAGAUGGAUCUGAGAUGUGGCUUCUCCAGCCUGGAGAGGCUUAACAGAAGAUACAAAACCAAAUGUCCUCUGGGACGGUGCUCAAAUAUGCCAUGUCAAGGCUCUGGAACCUCCAGACUUAAUCCAGCCCAACAGCAGCACAGUGACAGCGAAGGUACGGCAUCCGACUGCGAGUUUGUGCGCAAUAAGAAGGAGCGCUCCACUGUGCUCGUCAGGCGGUACCUGAAGAACAACAUGAAGGUCACAAAGAUGGUGUGCCCUGGCACUAGAGCUAUCAUGAGGACUGGCUGCAUUUCAGAGAGAGCGUGGCAGGCUGUUUGCAGAAGAACGCCUCUCUUAAGUGAGAUGUGUACCUUUGCAUCUUACUGCAGAUACAGUAGAGAGCGUCAGGACAUCCAGCUGCAAGUCUCCAGGACCGUUCUCCUCUAUCCAGGGGCCAGGCUGGCAGAGCUGCAGCGUGCUUUCCCUGCUCUGAGCUUUGAGGUCCAUCUAUUACACCCCUCCAGAAAGCUCUUGGCUAGGACGAUAGCAUGGCCAUCAGCCUGCCUGCUGCGGACUAAGUAUCAGGCUUGCUCGUCCAGAACCAGUGUCGCAGCCCAUCUGAGUGGGGCGCUGCUGGAGGCCACGGCAGCUCUCGGGGCCCGCAGCAGCCUGCCCGGCAUUGCUCUCAGCUCCACCAGCAAACCCAUGCUGAAAGAGUUUUGCAGCUCCAUGGCCAGCUCCAGUUCACUGUCCUCAAGUGUGACAGGCAUAAGUAAGGAGCUGGCUGACCUGCGCCACCUCAUCCAGUUCCCAGAGGAAAUUGCAAGCAUCCUGACGGAGCAGGAGCAGCAGCUGUACCGCCGCGUUUUCCCACUCGACUACCUCUGCUUCCUCACCCGCGACCUGAGCAGCCCUGAGUGCCACAACCGCCACCCACACCUUAAAGCUUCCCUGUCAGCCCCCACUAUGUCCACCCAGAACACCCAGCACAACACGGUGGAGGACCUGGUCAUGCGCUUCAAUGAGGUCAGUUCUUGGGUGACCUGGCUUAUCCUGGCAGCAGGCUCUAUGGAGGAGAAGAGAGAGGUCUUCUCCUACUUGGUCCAUGUGGCCAAGUGUUGCUGGAAUAUGGGCAAUUACAAUGCAGUGAUGGAGUUCUUGGCAGGUCUGAGAUCCCGCAAAGUGUUGAAAAUGUGGCAGUUCAUGGACCAAGCAGACAUCGAGACUAUGAGAAGCCUGAAGGAUGCCAUGGCACAGCACGAAUCCUCAUCUGAGUAUAGAAAGGUGGUGAACCGUGCUCUCAACAUCCCUGGUUGUAAAGUAGUGCCCUUCUGUGGAGUGUUCCUCAAGGAGCUCAGCGAAGCUCUCGAUGGAGCUGCCAGCCUGAUUGGCCUGCGUCCUUCUUUUGAUUCUCAAGAGGACUCUAUUGAAUUUGUCUCCGAUUACAACGGUCAACAGCACUUUCUGCAGAGGGUGGGAGGCGAUGGGCUACACAACUCAGAGAAGGAGGCCACGGUCAGCAACAUCCUGCAGACCAUCCGCAGCUGCAACCGCAGCCUGGAGGCUGAGGACCUGGAGGAGAACGCUGGAGAGCCCAGCAGUUCCCUCCGCAAGAACUCCUUCAAGGACAAGAGCAGGAACCAGAAAGCCUCUGAUUCAGGCCGAGUCCUAUUUCUAGUAGGGGACCUAUCUGACUCUGAAGGGGAUUUGGUGGAGCAGCCUCAUGAAGCAGAUCUCCAGAGUCCAGAGGAGCCGCAUGGGGCUUUUAGCCACGGCACGGAACUCAUCCCCUGGUACGUUCUCUCAUUGCCAGCUGAUGUGCACCAGUUCCUCCUGCAGGGAGCCACAGUCAUCCACUACGAGCAGGAGAGCCACCAGAGUGCCCGCUGCAUCCUCCGUCUGCAGCCAGACAACUGCUUCCUGACCUGGGCCAAACCCCCGAGCAGCUGCCCUCCAGCUGGCCGGAGCAAAGGUUGCCCUCAGGACCCUGUCCCCCACAGCCAAGCAGCCUUCUGCGGACUGACCGAGGGCCUCCUGGACCUCAGCAUAGUAAAGGCCGUGUACAUGGGCCACCCGGGCGUGGACAUCAACUUUGUGUGUCUGCAGCACAACCUGUGCAGCAUGAGCGCGCAGGAGAACGGAGUCACGAUGCUGUACGGAACACACACCACUGACAACAGGCUGCUGCACUUUGUGGCACCCACACACACGGCAAGCAUGCUCCACGAGGGCCUGCAGGAGCUACUCAGUGCCAUCAGGAAGAUCAAGAAGUUCCCUGACCAGAGACUGCAGUGGCUGCGCAAGCAGUACAUCAGCCUUUACCAGGAAGAAGCUAAGUUUGAGGGGCCAACGUUGGCGCAAGCCAUUGAGCUCUUUGGUGGCCGGCGCUGGAGCAUGAGCGCCGGAGGCCCAGGCUCUGCCAACAAGAACUUGGAGAAGACCACUGCUCAGAAGAACAGCCCACUGGGCAUGAACUCCAACACCAAGAAGAAGAAGAAAACCCUCGUAAGGGGAGACAGUGGAGACGGAACCGAUGACGAGAUGAUCUCACGGAAAACUAAAAGCUGCAAGGAGACUCUCAGCAGGAGGUCAUCAGAUCCUUUAGACUGUGUGGAGCAAGAAGAAAACGAGGACUCAGUCCCUUUUGGCAGCCCUGGAACCUUGUCCUUAUCCAGCACCAAAUUCCAAUCCCCUGGAACCUCCUCCAUCUCCUCCUGUUCCUCCACCACAAACAGCUGCACCCCCACCCGACCUCACUCCUCCCCUGUCCUCGCCUGCAGCUUCAAAAACCAAACUGGGGCAUGGAGCAGCAGGAGCUGGCAUGGUCGAGGUAAAGGCUGUUUCCGUGGCUUCCAGAACCUCAUGCUGUCAGAUAGCAUCAUGAGCUUCAUCGAGUUUGUGGAGCUUUUCAAGUCAUUCAGUAUCCGCAGUCGAAAGGACCUUAAGGAGCUGUUUGACACCUAUGCCGUUCCCUGUAGCCGCUCAGGCCCCGACUCAGUGCCUCUCUACACCACUCUAAGAAUCGAUGACAAAGUGACAGGCCUACAGCCUGACUUAGACCUCCUGACCCGAAAUGGCUCUGACCUGGGCCUGUUUAUCCGCACACGCCAGCAGAUGUCUGACAACCAGAAGCAGAUUUCUGACGCCAUCGCCGCUGCCAGCAUCGUGACCAACGGCACAGGUGUAGAGAAUGCUUCCCUCGGCGUUCUGGGUCUCGGCAUCCUUCAGCUCAAUGACUUCUUGGUCAACUGCCAGCGAGAGCACCUGACCUAUGAUGAGAUCCUGAGCAUCAUUCAAAAAUUUGAGCCCUCUUCCAGCAUGCGCCAGAUGGGUUGGAUGUCCUUUGAAGGCUUCGCCAGGUUUCUGAUGGAUAAGGACAACUUUGCUUCUACAAACGAGGAAUCUCAAGUGAACUUGGAUGAGCUGCAGUACCCACUGUCUUACUAUUACAUUGAAUCCUCACACAACACGUACCUUACCGGCCACCAGCUGAAAGGGGAGUCUUCAGUGGAGCUCUACAGUCAGGUGCUGUUGCAAGGCUGUAGGAGUGUGGAGUUGGACUGCUGGGAUGGAGACGAUGGCAUGCCCAUCAUUUACCAUGGGCACACGCUCACCACAAAAAUCCCCUUCAAGGAUGUGGUGGAGGCUGUCAAUCGCACUGCCUUUGUCAACUCUGAGAUGCCCGUCAUCCUGUCCAUCGAGAACCACUGCUCUCUACCUCAGCAGCGCAAAAUGGCUGACAUUUUUAAGGCGGUGUUUGGAGACAAGCUGGUGACCAAGUUCCUCUUUGAGAGUGAUUUUUCGGACGACCCACUGCUCCCCUCGCCUCUGCAGCUCAGGGGCAAGAUUUUGCUCAAGAACAAGAAGCUGAAGGCCCAUCAGGCCCCUGUGGAUAUUCUAAAACAAAAGGCACUUCAGCUGGCACAUAUGCAAGCACAGGCCAACAGUGGGGCACCUGCUGGAAGUUGUCUUGGCAGCCAUGAGGAAGAAGAGGAGGAAGAAGACGAGUAUGACUAUGACUACGAGUCACUUUCUGAUGCUGAUGUCCUCAAUGCUUCCACCGCAUCUUUUUGCCAGGAAGAUAACAUUCUGGAUGACAAGCCUGAGGGGAAGGCAUCGAGUGAGAAACUGCAGUACGAGUCCAACGACGAGAUGCCGAAGAGGUUUAAGAAAGCAGGGAGUAAAGGAAAGGUAGACAUGUUCGACAUGGAGCUUGGGGAGGAGUUCUACCUGCCGCAGAACGAGAAGGAGAGCAGGCAGAUCGCUCAGGAACUCUCCGACCUCAUCAUCUACUGCCAGGCCGUCAAAUUCCCAGGCCUCUCCACCCUCUCACUGCCGGGCUCUGGAAGGGGAAAGGACCGAAAGAGUCGGAAGUCCAUCUUUGGCGCUGCUCCUGUGCGUGGAAACCCCGGGGAGCCAGUGACGUUGGUCCGUGGCCCAGGGAAAGCUGGUGUGGAGGGUGUGAGGGUGAAUUUGGAGGAGCAGGUCUUGUCUUCCUCUACCCCGGCACCCUCGCUCAGUGCCAUCAUCCGCACACCCAAGUGCUACCACAUCUCCUCAGUGAACGAGAAUGCUGCCAAGCGCCUGUGCCGGCGCUACUCAUCCAAGCUGAUCCAGCACACAGCAGGCCAGCUGCUGCGCACCUACCCGGCCGCCACCCGCAUCGACUCAUCCAACCCCAACCCCCUUUCGUUCUGGCUGCAUGGCAUCCAGCUUGUUGCCCUUAACUACCAGACCGAUGACCUGCCCAUGCAGCUGAACUCUGCUCUGUUCGAGGCAAACGGUCACUGUGGCUUUGUCUUGAAGCCUCCUGUGUUGUGGGACCGCUCUUGUCCGCUCUAUCAGCAGUUCAGCCCACUGGACCGAGAGCUGGAGCACAUGACCCCCACUCAAUACACCCUCACUGUGGUGUCAGGUCAGAACGUAUGUCCGGGGAACAGCAUUGGGAGCACAUGUGUGGAGGUGGACGUUUUAGGCCUGCCAGUUGACACCUGCCACUUUCGCACCAAACCCAUCCACCGCAACACACUCAACCCCAUGUGGAAUGAGCACUUCUCCUUUCACGUGCACUUCGAGGACAUGGCCUUCCUGCGGUUGGCUGUGGUGGAGAACAACAGCUCACAGAUCACAGCACAGAGGAUCCUGCCCCUCAAAGCCCUCAAACCUGGCUACAGACACCUACAGCUGAGGAACCAGCACAAUGAACCACUGGAGGUGUCCAGCCUGUUCCUGUUUAGCCGCAGGACAGAGGAGAGUCCAAUUGGAGGACCCCGGCCUGCGGCUGUGUUGUUUAGCUCAGAGGAGAGGCGAGCGGCGAUACCACACAAAAUAACGGUGCACGGAGCACCAGGCCCAGAGCCGUUUACUGUAGUCAAUGUCAGUGAACACACCACGGCCAAGCAGCUCCUGGACAUGUUGGUUCCAGAUACCUCUGCAGACUACUUCCUAAUGGAGGAGAAGAUGUCUCUGUCGAAGGAGAAAAGUGACCUGAAGAAAAUACCUCAGCAGCGCUCCCUACCACCCGAUGAGAGGGUUCUUAAAACGCUGCACAGCUGGCAGCCAGAGGAGGGCUACGUGGGAAGAAUAUACCUUAAAAUUAGGGAGGAGAAUCCUAACGAGAGGAACACUGUGCUGGAGGGAGCAGAGGAGGUGAACAGUGGAGGAGAGGAGGACAUGUUUUUUGUGCAGGUGCACGAUGUUUCACCAGAACAGCCUCACACAGUCAUUAAAGCCCCACGCUACAGCACUGCUCAGGACAUCAUCCAGCAGACGCUAAGCAAAGCCAAGUACUCUCUGAGCAUCCUGAGUAAUCCCAACCCCAGUGACUACGUCCUGCUGGAGGAGGUAAGCCGUGAGGCGGCAGGAAAGAAGGCAUCCUCUGCCAAGCCUAGCCAGCGCGUGCUGUUGGACCACGAGUGUGUUUUCCAGGCCCAGAGCAAGUGGAAGGGCACCGGAAAGUUCAUCCUCAAACUCAAAGAGCAGAUUGCUCGUGAGGAUAAACGGAAGGGCGUGUCAUUUGCCAGCGAGCUGCGGAAGCUGACGGGCCGCAGCCGCAGCGUGACUGUGAACGGCCCCCCAGUAUUUGAGGCAACGCAGAGGUCUCUGUUGUCAGUGGGACUGAAGACCUGGGUGGCAGAGGGCCGUCUGUGCUCUCAGAGGCGGUCAGUUAAAGGACAUCCUGAUGACAGCGGUGUUUCCUCCAAUUGGACCUUCCCCUUGCUGUGGAACUGGAAACUGCACAAAUGAGUCCAGACACACUGCUGACAUGGCACUAAAAUGUUCUCACAAAGCCUCACACAGGCUUUACUGAAGGAACACAAUGACCUCUUGGCUGCAGAUUAGCAUGGGGAGGCAGAUUUAGGCCGUUAGCACUUAGCGUUAGCCUAUUAACAGUUAGCCCCAAGCUCAGCCACCUUUUGGACCGGCGAGUCUACAGAGCUGUUAGGGACUGUAUAGAGAUGCUGCAUUUAUUAUUUCAGCUGAGGAAGUUGUGCUGGUCGUGGGGAUGUACGGAAAGUUUCGCUGGGUUUGUGGUCAGAGCAGGUCAGUUUUGGCCGUUUAUGUCCAUUUCCCCUGUGUUUUGGCAGCAUACGUGGUUUUACCCACCAGUUAGCUCCUUUUUCUUUCUGCAGUACUGUAAUCGAGUAACACAUUAUUGAACAGCAUUAUUGCACAUCGCUUGUUUGUUGGUUGCACCACACUCUGGUACCAAUGUAUUUAAAUUUUUCUAUAUUUAUUUCACUCUGAUUUUUUAUUUUUCUUCCCCCCUUAAACAUUAAAAGUAGCAGUCCCUCCCACAAAAACACUAACCUUGCUAGUGUUGUUAGACAAGAAGUGCGUCAUUUUUAAAGCAUAGAUUUAAACAGUAUCAUUCAGUUAGGGGUAAGACUGCUGUUAGAUGUGCCCUUAUUUAUUUAUUGUUUGGGUAGUUGAUCCGCAUUUUAGUAAGAUGUGAGAAAUAACUAAACCCUAAUAUGUACAAUUUACAAUUUAAGGUACAAUUUACUUCCGAGACCAACAAAACGUUUAUUUAAUUUCUUUUGUUGUUAUGAGCUAAGAUUUCUUUAAAUCUGAGGCAUUUUAUUGUUAUGACUUUUAUUGUUGAGUACACCACUCCUGUUUCACUUUACUGUUUUCUCUAUCUAGAUUUGAACCGACACUUUUAGUGCAUAAAAAUGUGUUUUCAUUGUGGGAUAAUGUGGGGAAAAAAUGACACCACAUUCUUCUCCCCAUUUUUGCAUGUAGCACCAUCAUGUCCUUUAACUAAAUAAGCACUCGCACUUAAACAUCGAGUCCCAAUGUAAGUGUGCAUAACAUUUUAACUAGAAAGUUGUAUUUAAAUAUGAAGUUUUCCUGACUACCUCUACUAACCUGUGGAGCCUUGAAGACCUACUCACAGCUCUUUUCUUGUGUAUGUUCCUUGCUAUAUUAUGUUACUGAACACCUGACUGCUUCUAAAUUUACUAAUGUAAAGUGGAACCGUUCUGUACGAAGGUUUAAACCUCUGUCUUUUGUUCUUUUCCUGCUUUGAAGAGGUCCAUUUUUUCCCCCCUCAGUUUGUUACAGUGUCUUCGGCCACGCAGCUGUUUUUAUUAUUUAUUUGAUAUCGUAGCCCAGGUUGGCUAUAUGUUUGUCUUGUACAUAUAAAUAAGACUGUAACUGUUAAAUCCAUGUCUAAUUUAUUCCAGAGGGUGUAAAUAUUACCCCAUCCAGUUUAUUCUGUACCCGUGUAUAUUUUUACUUUUAUAUUUUAAAAAUAAAAAAAUUCCAGAACACUAUAUAGACAUUUUUAAAUGAUAACUUGAGCAAGUAAAGUAGGGUGUAAUGUAUACGGUUGGGUGUUUUUUUGCUUUACUCUACAUUUGUUCAUGCUCAUCAGUAUUCAGUAGUGUUUUCACCAGUAUUUAGUUUAAAAAAUGCUUUGAAAGGCCUAAAUUGAUUAUUUCAGUGACUCAUGCGGAACAGAUGCCUCUGUAAUAGGAGUCGGCUGCUACUCCUUCAGUGUCUCAUUUCUUUUUUUGGCACUUAGUUUCUGUGACAUUAAUCUGGUGACUUAUUUGACUACUGUGGAAGAAAUUACAGGACCUGUUGUACAUUUUCAACAAUUAAGAAGUCCAAUAAAGCUUGCAAAUCACUU